CAGCAACUAUAAGUACAAUUACUCUGUGUGAGACAUUGAAUAAGUCCUGUGUUCAAAUUGCUGCAAAAUCAUGGGUUACAAUCCAUCAAGUAGUUUGAAUGUGAUUUCAGUUGUGCUGCUUACUGCACUUGUGUGUUCUAACGUCUACACACUUUAUUCUGUUUCUACUACAAGGAAUGAAUUGGUAGCAUUCAAGGCAGAGCUUACUCAGCGGAACAAAGAGCUGCAUUUUUCAAAGCAAAGUAAAUCAGGGGUCUCUAACCCUGCUGCUGCACGUCUCAAAAGAAAUGAAAUGGGGAGUGAAAGCGUAUCAAGUAUCUUGUAUGAAGUGCUAUCAUUAUGGUUCGGAAAAUCAAAUCCACGUCCAGUCGUAAGGUGUACAACCGAUGAAAAGAACUCUACUUCAUGUUUUGUAAAGCCAGCCACAUCGGAUGACAGGAAAGAUAUGACAUAUUCCACCAUUCUCCUAGAAGAAGCUAUCUCUCGCGUAAUUGUAGGAAAGAUUCAGUCUGCCUUAAACUGUAGCUUUUCGAGCUCAGGUGAUGACAGAUGUGGAUUUCGCCCUGGUCCUCCCGGUGCUGAUGGUCAGAGAGGUGAAAAGGGAAACCGUGGGCAGAGGGGAAAAAAGGGUACACCAGGACGUAAUGGAAUUCAAGGAGACAGGGGCUCACCAGGUACCCAUGGUGUGCCUGGGAGUCGAGGUGAUCCUGGUGUAAAUGGUUUGGACGGUCGAGAUGGUAGGCAAGGAAAUGAUGGAAGUCUAGGCCCAAAAGGGGAAGUUGGAAACUCAGGACAACCGGGAGAUACUGGUGAUUCAGGUGUACCGGGACUUAAAGGAAACACUGGUGCUGCUGGAGUAAUCGGAGCAAAAGGUGAUACCGGUGAUGUAGGUUCUACCGGAUCUCAAGGACCUAAAGGGAACCCUGGUGCUGUAGGUGCUACUGGACAUCAAGGGAACCCUGGUGCUGCAGGUUUAAAAGGAUCUCGUGGAAUAAAUGGAGAAAGAGGGCCUAAGGGUGAUACAGGUUCCACUGGAUCACAAGGACCGAAGGGGAUUCCUGGUGCUGCAGGUUUAGAAGGGACAAAUGGAGAAAGAGGACCGAAGGGUGAUACAGGAGCCACUGGACCUAAAGGAACGCAAGCAGCUAAGGGAGAAAGAGGACCUAAGGGUAACACAGGAGCCACUGGACCUAAGGGAGCUCAAGCAGCUAAAGGAGAAAGAGGAACUAAGGGUGACACAGGAGCCACUGGACCUAAAGGAGCCCAAGCAGCUAAAGGAGAAAGAGGAACUAAGGGAGCCGCUGGACCUAAAGGAGCCCAAGCAGCUAAAGGAGAAAGAGGAACUAAGGGUGACACAGGAGCCACUGGACCUAAAGGGCCCCAAGCAGCUAAAGGAGAAAGAGGAUUACCUGGUCUAAAAGGACGGAAAGGUGAAGGCGGAGCUCUGGGUCAGAAAGGCCAGAAAGGGGAGCCUGCUUUAGUUAACGAGUGUGUGAGUGGAACACAUAAUUGCCAACAAGUCUGCACUGACACAGCGGCAUCCUUUGUCUGUUCGUGCAACAGAGGAUAUGUCUUAAAUUCUGAUCGUCGAACAUGUCGAAGUGUUAAUGAGUGUGUGAGUGGAAUACAUAAUUGCCAGCAAGUCUGCAUUGACACAGUGACAUCAUUUAUUUGUUCAUGCCACAGAGGAUAUGUAUUAAAUUCUGAUCGUCGAACAUGUCGAAGAUUUUUUAAUCCAAUAGAAGAGGACGACUGUAUUCGAAAUGGCGAAAUUUGUCCUUGACCAUGGAAUGAGAUACAUUGUACCACUAUAUAGCACUACAAAAUACCGUAAACAAUAUUUGCGUAGUUGUGUUGACUUAACAUAAUAAUUAUUAUCUGUGUGCA